GAAAAGGGCGCUGUGGCGCGGCGGGAGGAAGUGCGCCAGGUCCCGGCUCCCGCUGCGAGGCGCCCCGCGGGUGGGCCGGCCAGGUGAGCCCGAGAUGCCGCUGCGCUGGAAGCCGGGGCCGCCGCUGCCGCAGCUGCUGCUGCUCCUGGGGCCGCUCGGCCCCUUCUCCCCGCGCGCCCCGAUGGGACUCGCGCAGGCGGACGCCGCCGCGGAGCUGGACUUCUCCACCGAGCGGCCGGUGCACCUGGUGAGUCCCGCCUUCCUGUCCUUCACCAUCGACGCCAACCUGGCCACGGACCCGCGGUUCCUCACCUUCCUGGGUUCUACAAAGCUUCGUACUUUGGCCAGAGGUUUGUCUCCUGCAUACCUGAGAUUUGGUGGCACCAAGACAGACUUUCUCAUUUUUGAUCCCAAGAAAGAACCAACCUUUGAAGAGAGAAGUUACUGGCAGUCUCAAGUCAACCAGGAUAUGUGUGAAUCUGGAUCCAUCCCUUCCGACAUAGAGAAGAGAUUACAGUUGGAAUGGCCCUUCCAGGAGCAAUUGCUUCUCAGAGAACAGUAUCAGAAAAAGUUCAACAAUAGCACUUACUCAAGGAGCUCCGUGGAUAUGUUGUAUACUUUUGCAAAUUGCUCAGGACUGGACUUGAUCUUUGGUCUAAAUGCCUUACUACGAACAGCAGACUUGCAGUGGAACAGUUCUAAUGCUCAGUUGCUCCUGGAUUAUUGCUCUUCCAAGAAUUAUAACAUUUCUUGGGAACUAGGCAAUGAACCUAACAGUUUCCGGAAGAAGGCUGGUAUUUUCAUCGAUGGAUUGCAGUUAGGAAAAGAUUUUGUCAAGUUGCAUAAGCUUCUAGCAAAAUCCACUUUCAAAACUGUGAAUCUCUAUGGUCCUGAUAUUGGCCAGCCUCGAGGAAAAACUGUCAAGAUGCUAACGAGUUUCCUGAAGGCUGGGGGAGAAGUGAUUGAUUCAGUUACAUGGCACCACUACUACUUGAAUGGACGAAUUGCUACCAAAGAGGAUUUUCUAAACCCUGAUGUGUUAGACACUUUUGCUUCAUCUGUGCAAAAAAUUUUCCAGGUUGUUGAGGAGACCAGACCCCACAAGAAAGUUUGGUUAGGAGAAACAAGCUCUGCAUACGGGGGUGGAGCGCCACUGCUGUCCAACACCUUUGCGGCUGGCUUUAUGUGGCUGGAUAAAUUGGGCCUGUCGGCUAGAAUGGGCAUAGAAGUGGUGAUGAGGCAAGUGCUCUUUGGAGCCGGAAACUACCACUUAGUGGAUCAAAACUUCGAACCUUUACCUGAUUAUUGGCUAUCUCUUCUGUUCAAGAAAUUGGUGGGCACCAAUGUAUUAAGGGCAAGCGUGAAAGGUCCAGACAGCAGGAAACUUCGAGUAUACCUUCACUGUACCAACAUCAACCACCCAAGGUAUAAAGAAGGAGAUUUAACCCUGUAUGCCUUAAACCUCCAUAAUGUCACCAAACGCUUGCAGUUGCCGUAUCACUUAUUUGACAAACAAGUGGACAAAUACCUCGUAAAACCUUUAGGGCCUGAUGGAUUACUUUCUAAAUCUGUCCAACUCAAUGGUCAAACUCUGAAGAUGGUAGAUGAUCAUACCCUCCCGGCUUUGACAGAAAAACCUCUCCGCCCAGGAAGUACACUGGGCUUGCCAGCUUUCUCAUAUGGAUUUUUUGUGAUAAGAAAUGCCAAAGUUACCGCUUGCCUCUGAAAAUGAAAGGCAUACACCAUCCCUGAGAUUGAAUUUUUCAAGUGUAUUGAUAAGAGGAAAGCAAAACCCAAGCUAUAGGAAGGCAAGCAGAUACAUUACAAAUCAACUAGGGAAGCUUUAGGGACACUGGGACACUCGCGGUGCUAGAUUUAGCACAGUCUUUUGUUCUAAGUAGACCACUGCUAAUAAUAAUACCUGGUGCCAAACACUAGGCUCAGUGCUUUGCAUGUUCUAUUUUUACUUAAAGUUAUUAAAAAGGUAUAUGGAUGCUCCCAAUAUAGCCAGGAGGCAAGUAAGUGAGGGAUACAGCACUAUUUUUAAGAAAGUGCUUCAUUUUUAUUUUAAAAAACAGUUAUUAAAAGACUGCAGGAUUCUUUAUAUGCUGUUUCUAUGGGCUCCCGUCAGAAAAAGUGUACUGCCACAAUCUUCAAAUUGUCUAUAGAUGAGAGAGUCUCUUUUCACCUUAACAGAGAGCUAGAUUUAUCUGCUGCUUCUCUUCUGGUUGUUCUUUGUCAA